UCUUAGCCUCAGAGUGACAGAGAGGCAAGCAAAGGAAGAGACAUAAGAGAUGGAGAUGAGGAGUGUUGUUUGGUUGUCUUCUUCAAUCCCAAUUCCAAGACCCGCUAUUAACGUUGGUUUAUCUUCGUCUUCUUCAUGUUUGUGUUACAGCCCCAACUUGUUGAAUAGCACGAAGGUAACCCUGAGCUGUCCACGUAAGCAAUCGAGAGGCAGAAGAAACAAGGGUCUAACUUGCAACGCCUUGUUUGGACUUGGCGUACCAGAGCUUGUUGUCAUUGCUGGUGUCGCUGCCCUCGUUUUUGGACCCAAGAAGUUGCCUGAAGUGGGUCGCAGCAUCGGCAAAACUGUCAAGAGCUUCCAACAGGCAGCAAAGGAGUUUGAGUCUGAGCUUAAAAAGGAACCUGAUUCGUCAGAAGGUGGUCCAUCUGAGAAACCUAUUGCUGUGAGUGAACAGGAGAAGCAAGACAUUGAGGUGUCUAGUUCUAAGGAGAGUGGAUGAAAUUUGUAGAAGAUAUGAUAAGUAGGUACCAAAUUCUCACCAUGAUUUUAUGCAUUUAAAAGAAACCAUUUUCUCUAAUUGAGAUCUGUUAGUUUAAUAUUCCUGCCUGUCAUCAGUGAAAUCAUGACCAAGCUUUAAAAUAAAAGAUUAAUAUAUUGGCUGGUAGACGACAGACGUCGAUGAUUGUGCAUAGGAGAAAAUUAGGGGAGGGAUACUAGUGAGGGUUAAAUCGUUGAAGAAAUUGAUAAUUUUUCUUCACUAAGGUCACCGGGUGAUCGAUGUCUUUAAAUUAUUGUACAUUCAAUAGCAAAUGGGAGGACCAAGCAUGGUUGACAGCAAUUGUAUUGAACUUGCCUUUGUUUGUAUGGAUGUGGGUGGAAAACAAAGGUAUAGAAAGGAAGGAAGGAAAGUGGAAAAAGUGUUAAAAAAUAUUUAGUAAGGUU